AUGUUUGUGGGAUGCUACAGGUUGGGCAGGAAGGCGAAGUUCGGAUGUUCAGAGGUCGAGUGGGUGGUAGGUAGAUGCAACUCCGAUGGACUACUAGCGAAUCCUGGGAAGGAAGAAUUCACCCUUGCUAUCGUGGGAAAGAAGAGGCUCUGA